CCCCGCUCGCAGCUCAAGCUGCUGGCCCUGGACGGUUACCUCUAUGCUGUGGGGGGUGAGUGCCUCUUCACUGUAGAGAGGUACGACCCACGGGCAGACCGCUGGAGCCCUGUGGCACCCCUGCCCAAGGGUGCCUUUGCCGUGGCUCAUGAGGCCACCACGUGCAACGGGGAGAUCUAUGUAUCAGGAGGCUCCCUGUUCUACCGCCUGCUCAAGUAUGACCCCAAACGUGAUGAGUGGCAAGAGUGCCCUUACAACAGCAGCCGUCGGCGCUCUGCUGACAUGGUGGCCUUCAAGAGUUUCAUCUACCGCUUUGAUGUGAGCAGUGGCCGUGGUGGGGAGCAGGGCCCAGGUGGUGGGAGUGGCGGUGGUGUUGAAGUUUUCCGGUAUAAUACAGUGGCCAAGCGCUGGAGCCAGUGUGCCAGCCUGCGCCCCAGUGGUGGCCCCAUCCAGCCCUUCCGCUGUGCCCCGUUGGGCAACACCAUCUACUGUGUCAACCGGACCGGCACCCUCCGCUUCAACCUAGCCCAGGACGGUGAGGUGGAAGCAGAUGGCGGGCUCAAGGGCACCUUUGAUGGGGAGCUUCUUAAAGCUCCCUUGGAUGUCAAGGGUGUCCUCCUACCCUUUGUGCUCACCCUGCCUGAGAGACUGGACAAAACAGGGGACCAGGAGGGCUCCCUCCCACUGUGA